GCUAAAUUAUUUUCUACUCUUUGCAGGCGGGUUCCGCAUUCCUGAAAAUGGGGAAGUCUACAUAUGUUUAGAAAAAAGCUGGAAUAGAAACAUUUUGAAUACAUAUAAACCAAGGCCGAUUUUGGUUUGAGCAAUUAUCGGGUGUGCUCUUUGAGAAAACUUGCAGCCUCAAUAUGUUCCCUGCUGCCGCUUCUUCCCCCGCCAAUCCCUCUUUUCCAUUCACUCAUCUCAAAAUACAUGACGUUUACUUAAGCUUUUGUGACCCUGACAUCAUCUGCCAAAGGUUUGCUACCAGACUGUGCUCUGCUCUUGUUGAAGCAGGCAUUUUCACCCGGUUACAAAGAAAAUUUACAGAUGACGGCCCUUCUUAUCAGCGCAUCCGAGAAAGUAGGAUCUGCAUUCCCAUUUUCUCCCCAAAAUUUAUCCAGUCACAGUCGUUUUUGAAUGAAGUGUGUUUUAUGGUUAAUUCCAGGGUCAAAUUUUUUCCUCUGUUUUAUCAUGUUUUGCCUUCAGACGUUCGCCACCCGGAGAGAAUUCCAUCUGCACAAGAUUUCGUGCAACAUCGAAACAGCGAGAUAAUCGGAGCAUUAGAGAAUGUUCCCGAUAUCUGUGGAUGGUCUCAGAAUCAAUAUUCUUCGGACAGCAAUUUGAUUGAAGAUGUAGUGACGGAGGUGGUGAAAUUCUUAGAGUCAGCUAAGGUUCAUUUAGAUACUCCGAAAUGCUUUGGUUUAGACUGGCGCGUGGAGCAUGUCAGGAGAUUACUGAACGUAGCGGAUCAUCAGAAGAAGAUUGUGAAAGUGGGUAUACAUGGCAUGGGCGGGAUGGGUAAAACCACCCUGGCAAAGGUUGUUUGCAAACAAGUCUUCUGCAGUCAGUUUGAAGUGCAUUGUUUUGUUCUGGGUGUUGGAGAAAGAUGUCAACUGGAAAACGGGCUCGUCAAGCUGCAAAACCGUAUGCUCAAAGAUGUUUCCCAAGUCAGAGUCGAAGUAGAUCAUAUUGAUCGAGGUAAAUAUCUGCUACAAGAGUGUCUCAGGGGUAAGAGAGUUCUCCUCCUCCUUGAUGACAUUCAAAGUGUCGAGCAGCUGGAAGCUCUUUGGGGAAAUUUCACUGACUUCGGGGCAGGCAGUCGUUUGCUCAUUACAUCUCAGAAUCAACAAAUUCUAAGAGUGGCGAACGUUGAUGAAAUGUACGAGGUAAGGAGGCUUCCUCAAGAACAUGCCAUGGAGUUAUUCAAAUUCCACGCGUUCCCUAAUUCCAGCUGUACAGAUCCAGAGCUACUAACCCUAAGCAUCAAUAUUGUUAAUGCUUGUGAUGGCCAUCCUCUUGCACUCCAACUUCUUGGAAAAACCCUUGUUGGUGAAGACGAUAGAGAUGUGUGGAAAGACAUGGCAGACAAGUUAAGGGAUGAGCCUUGUAUGCAAAAGAAACUCAGAGCCUCCUACGAUACCCUUGACCCCAAUGAAAAGGAGAUGUUUCUAGAUGUUGCUUGUCUUUUUACAGGGCAGGACAAGGACAUUGCUAUGAUCUUUUGGGCAGAACUGAAUCGGAGUGUUCAUGCUUCUCUCAGACAUCUCUUGCAAAAGUUUUUGGUCAACUUGGGUUCUAGUAACGACUUACUGAUGCAUCGGUGCCUCCAAGAUUUGGGAACUACUGUAGCAAAUGAAAUAUCUACAGAUCCCCAUAAACGCACAAGACUAUUCGAUGAGGACGAUGUGCACCAUAUGUUACGCCGACAUUGGGAAAAGGCCAAGAAAGUUCGUUAUCUUCGCUACGAGCCCAAGGAAAGGAAGACAGUGAAGGCAGACAUGUUCAUGCAGCUGUACAACUUGAGGCUGCUUUGGCUUGCAAAUGUUGAGAUUAAGGGACACUUUCCUCAGGCACGCUACUUUGACGAAUUGAGAUGGCUAAGAUUGACAAGAUGUUCAUUAACAUGGCUACCUCCGGGACUGAACCUGAACAAGCUUGUUAUUCUGGAGGUGACCGAUAGUCAGAUAACUCAUCUCUGGGACGAAAAAACAGAAGAAUAUUCAAACAUAUGGCCGGAGAAACUUAAAGUGCUUAUUUUGAGAGAAUGCGGGUCCCUGGAAACACUUCCUGCUACAAUAAUCUAUACCCAGUUGCAGAUUCUGGACUUGCACAAUUGCCAUUCACUGAAAAGCCUGCCCAAUAAUUUGGGAAGCUUCCACAGCUUAGCUUCUCUCAACAUGAAAGGCUGUGAUACUGUUUCUUGUUUGCCUGAGGAUUUCGGUAUGCUUUCAAGUCUGCAAGAAUUGGAUCUAUCUUGGUGUAAGAAUUUACGCGACCUUCCUGCUAGUUUUGGCAAUUUGACUCGGUUGGAAAAAUUAGAAAUCCACCACAAUUCAAAUCUUAGAGAGCUACCGGUCACCAUUGGUGGGCUAGAAAGUUUGGCGUAUCUGGAUGCCGGCUACUGCCAACUGUGUGAAAAUGGACUCCCAGCCGGACUAUUCGAAUUGUCUUCGUUAAGAAUCAUCCAUUUUGAGCAUAAUAGAUUUCGCAGCCUUCCCUGCAGCUUCCAAAACUUGAGUGGACUUUGGGAACUGCAUUUGGACGGGUGCAGCGAGCUUUCCGAAUUGAGAGCGGUCCCACCAUCACUGGAGAUGCUGUAUGCGCGUGACUGUAUGCAAUUGCAGAGCUUAUGCUGCUUGUCUGGACUGAAAAGUCUGUGUAGAUUAGACGUAAGCAGGUCAUGUCAUCUGAGGGCUCUGCCUGGAUUGGAAUCUUUGCAAGGAUUGACAACAUUGAAAUUGGUGGGAUGUAAAAAUAUUUCCAGCGCAACACUUGGAAGCUGCUUGGCUGGUCUCAAGUUCUUGGAGAGCAUCUUCAUUGCGGGCCCUGGAGUCACCUCAAAGCAAUUACUUUCCUUCCACGAGACCAUCAAGGGCAUCUCUUUCGAGAGUCAGUGUCUGAAGCCUAGAAGAGCCAAGUCGUACAAUUGGCUGCAGGCCGAGCCGAAUGGGCAGAACCGGGAUGAAAAUAAUUAUUUUGAAUACUGUGCUGCUGGGAGUGAGAUUAGCUACUGUGCGGGAUAUAUUGUUUGUUGUCUUUCGCUUGGCCAAGUCUUUGACUGCGAAGGCAGGAACAGGCUGAGCUACAGCAUUGAAAGGAAUCAGAAUUUACGUGCAUGUGAAAUGAUCCACCCGGACGUAGAUUGUGGAAGGGAAGAUGUGCUGGAAGUACGUGUUGUGAGAGUGGAGGGCGAUUUUGACUUCAAUUGGCUGGAGAUGGGAGACAAACUGAAAGUGACUGCGGGCUCUGAUCAUGAGGAUUGGAAGGCGUGCUUCAAAUUUUUGAUGUAUGAUCCUGAUCCUCUUGAUGUAAUUUAUCCCCGUGUAGAAAAAAAACUUCCUCAUACAAUAACCUUUGGCCAGCCUUAAACGACACACAUUAAACAACAUAUUAAGUUCAGAGAAUAUUAGUCAAUUCUGAGUGUUUAUCCCUUUUAAGUCUAGAAAUGUAUUCUUAGUCUGACCAUAUACAUUAAGCAGCAUAUUAAGUCUAGAAAAUGUCUGUCAACUCUGAGUGUUUAACACUUUUAAAUCUAGGAGUGUAAGCUUAGUGUGUGUGGUUUAAGCCUUUCCUAAACGUUGGCCAGCAGCGUGUAAAACUAUACAAGGAUAUCUCUUUGUUCCAAGGCAAGUCUUACUAUGCAGCCUUUCAUUGAAAUUGAAUGUUUAACUUUUAAUUAUAACUUCAGCUGGGUUCAGUGCCGGAGAGAAUUUAUCAUCUUCGUCACUUUUCCCACUUGCGCUCAUUCAAUUUUGUCAAAUUUUAUUAGAGUUCCAUUUUUAAACAUAAACUCUCAUUUCUCAAAUAUUGAAUAAAUGAUGAGAAUCAAUCUUAAUAAGAUUCUAGAUUA